CACUGCCUUUUUUGACAUUCCAAGAACAGGAAAUAAAUUCCCCUCUGCCCAGAGAGAAAAAUAAGCGGGGGAAACAAAAAGAAAUCAAUCAAUAAACAACGCGCUCUCUGUAAGAAAAGUCGGUAACUCGGACUCGGAACCCGUGAUGACGCCUUUAAUUCCCCGCUUCCCCGACUCAGUCUGACUCAGUUCCCAACUCACUCCCCACACACAGCCAGAGCUUUCUUCUUCCACCACCGUCAUCUUCAAUCUUCAUCAGCCCAACACGAACCUCUCUUUCUCUCUAUUUGCUGCUGUCUCUUCAUUUUCAGCUCCGAUUCGAUUCUCCAUUCCGAACUUCCACUCUCCAUUAAUAGCUUCUCCCAAAAUGCGGAUCUCUGCCUCCGCCGCGCGCUGAACGCCGGAUUUCCUUCCACGACCAUUCCUUCCGUCCGUCCUUCCGACCGGCCAUGCACGGCUACAGCCGUCUCGGCUCCUCCGGCCGCUCCGUCACCGCCACCACCACGCCUUCCCCGCCCUCGUCGCCGCGCCUCCGCCGCGGCGGAGGCGCGGCAUCAGCAACUUUCAAGUCGCCGAACGGCGGAGGAGUGUUCGGCGCCGGGAAAGGGAGCAGCGCGGCUGCGGGGAAGGAGAAUUCGGUGGAGAGAUUCGUUUUUCUGGUGAUAUCUCUGGUUUUCAGGCGGCGAGGCCUGCUGCUUUUCGCGCCGUUGCUGUACAUAUCCUGGGUGUUGUUGUACAUGGGAUCGCUGGGAUUCGAUGUUGAUUUGGAUUUGAAGCGCGGCGUCGUCGGCGGAGUCGUUGUCCGGAAGAGCGCGCCCCGGGGGUCGGUGUACCGGAGCUCUCAGGUGUUCAAGAAGCUCUGGCCGUACAUGGAGGCCGAGAGUCGGAGCAAUGGCAGCUUCAAUGCGUUGAUGAGAACUUGGGACCCGAGUUUGCUUCAAGACUGGAAGCCUUGUGUCAAUGGCAAUGCAUCGGCAUCUAAUGCAGGAUUGGCAAAGUCAAAUGGCUUCCUGAUAAUUGAAGCAAAUGGUGGAUUGAACCAACAACGCUUAUCGAUAUGUGACGCAGUUGCUGUAGCAGGAUUUUUGAAUGCGACUCUCGUCAUUCCGAUAUUCCAUUUGAACAGCGUUUGGCGUGAUUCCAGCAAAUUUGGGGACAUAUUUGAUGAAGAGUUCUUCAUAGAUUCUCUGAAGGAUAGAGUGAAUGUAGUUCGCCAACUCCCAAAAGAUGUUCUUGAGCAGUUUGAUAAUAACAUAAGCAGCAUUGUAAAUUUGAGAGUCAAAGGAUGGUCUAGCCCAACCUACUAUCUUCAGAAGGUGCUCCCCAAGCUGAAAGAAAUGAGGGCUGUGCGUAUUGCACCAUUCUCCAAUAGGCUGGCUCAUGCAGUUCCUCCCAAUGUACAGGACCUGAGAUGCUUGGCAAAUUUUAAGGCACUUAGAUUUUCAGAGUCAUUGAGAACCCUUGGGGAGAAAAUGGUUGAUCGGAUGAUCCGUAAUAGUUCUCACACUGGAGGAAAGUAUGUCUCUGUUCAUCUUAGAUUUGAAGAGGAUAUGGUUGCCUUUUCAUGCUGUGAGUAUGACGGCGGGGAAGAAGAGAAACUUGAAAUGGAUCUUGCUCGAGAAAGAAGUUGGAGAGGGAAAUUCAGGAGAAGGGGUAGAGUAAUAAGACCAGGGGCGAAUAGAAUGGAUGGGAAAUGUCCUCUCACUCCAUUGGAGGUUGGAAUGAUGCUUCGUGGGAUGGGGUUUGACAGCAGCACACCAUUAUAUGUUGCAGCUGGCAAUAUUUACAAGGCAGAGAAGUAUAUGGCUCCACUGAAACAGAUGUUCCCACGCUUGGAAACGAAGGAGACACUUGCCACUCCAGAGGAACUUGCCCCAUUCAAGGGCUACUCGUCUAGGUUUGCCGCGCUUGAUUACACAGUUUGCCUGCACAGUGAAGUCUUUGUGACCACUCAAGGAGGAAAUUUUCCACACUUCUUGAUGGGUCACAGGCGUUACUUAUAUGGAGGGCAUUCAAAAACUAUCAGACCCGACAAGAGGAAGUUGGCUAUCUUGUUCGAUAGCCCCAGCAUCAGAUGGGAGGUGUUCAAGCGACAAAUGAGAGACAUGCUCCGACACAGCGAUGUCAAGGGUUGCGAGCUGAGAAAAUCCGGUGCAUCACUAUACACAUUUCCCAUGCCCGACUGCAUGUGUAGGACGUCGCCAAAUGAAGCUCCAAAAGAUCUCUCUCCCCAUAACCUUACAGUGGAUGCCAAGAGAAGAUGAUGAUGAUGAUGAUGGCUGUUGUUUCAGUGUGAGUGUGACCUUAAUUUAUUACUCUUUCAGAUUCUUCAUUGUACCAUAAACGAAUUGUAGCUGAAAUAGUACUUCCCAGAAGAGGAAAAAGGGAAAAGAAGACAAGAAGUGAGACAAUUAGUAGGGAUUAGAUUAAUUCUUCUUUAGGGUUAGAGAGUUGUUUGGCAGGGUAAUGGGUAUAUAGAGUAAUUAUUUUGUUGACUACUACUUAUUCUUUUGGAGACAGUAGUGUUGUAGCCUCCACGAUCCUCUACAGAUAUAUGUGAUUUGACUUUCUGCUCCCUCAAAACACAGUAUUUUGUGUACAUUGGUGAAAGGAAAAUUAUGUAAAUGAACCAUCAUACUCCUGCUUGAGCUUAUCUUUGUUGGUUUUGGUUUUGACUGAUGAAUUCUAAUUUACUUUUGGU